UGAAAAAUCAGUAUCAACAACCAACAAUGCAGAUAAUUUAAAAGCUACAGAUCCACCAUCAGCCAAAUAUAAAAAGUUAUUAAUUCGUUCAAUUAUGGGUGCAUGUAUGAUAAGCUUUUUCAUUGGUGUCCUUAGUACAGAUCAUUUUAUCGUAUCAUUAUUCGUUAUCGCCUUACAAUUAUUAGUAUUCAAAGAGAUGAUUGCAUUAAGAUAUAUUGAAGCAAAAGAAAAGAAAAUUCCACACUUUAGAACUCUCAAUUGGUUCUUUUUAUUCACUUCCUUCUUCUUCUUUUAUGCAAAACCAAUUUUAAUCACAUUAGCAAAUUAUUACCCAGAUAUUUUCCAACAUUUCGUUAGAUACCAUUUAUGGCACUCCUUUUCAUUAUAUUGUAUUGGCUUUGUUUCAUUUAUUUUUACUUUAAGAAAAGGUUGUUAUAGAUAUCAAUUUUCACAAUUAACUUGGACUUUAAUGAUCUUAAUGAUGGUCGUAGUUCAAUCAAACUUUUUAAUUUCAAAUAUUUAUCAAGGUCUCAUUUGGUUCAUUUUACCAGUUUCAAUUAUUGUUUGUAAUGAUAUUUUUGCUUAUUUCAAUGGUUUCUUCCUUGGUAAAAAAUUCAUUAACAGACCAUUAAUGAAAAUCUCACCAAAUAAAACUUGGGAAGGUUUCAUUGGUGCUACUUUCUGGACUUUAUUAUUUGCUUAUUAUUUCUGUGGCUUCUUACUUCAAUUUGAUUGGGUUGUUUGUCCAAAAGGUAAUACAGGUUUUAUGGAAACCCUUCAUUGUCAAAGAGAUCCAGUUUUCAUUGAAAAAGAUUUCAUUUUCCCACAUGAAGUUUCAACCAUUGCUUCAAAAUAUUUUGGUAUCACAUUACAUUCAUUUAAAUAUAUUCCAAUUCAAUACCAUGCUUUAGUUUUAGCAUUGUUUGGAUCAUUAAUUGCCCCAUUUGGUGGAUUCUUUGCCUCUGGUAUCAAGAGAGCAUACAAAGUUAAAGAUUUUGAUACUAUCUUCCCAGGUCACGGUGGUGUUACUGAUAGAACCGACUGUCAAUUUAUUAUGGGUCUCUUUAUUCAUGUUUACUAUUUAACUUUCAUCAAAACCCUCGAAUUUGACCCAACCGUUAUUUGGCAAGGUAUUACAAUGUUACCAUUAGAAGAAAAAAUGGUUAUUUACGAAAAAUUAAAACAAUCAAUAGAGUUUACAACUGGUACAUUAACCAAUUAAAAUAAUAUAAUAAUAUUAGUAUUUUUAGUCUCCAUUCUUUGUUUUUUUAACCACUUUUUUUUAUAUUAUUAAUAUAUAAUAGUAUAACCCAUUUUUUUUUUUUUUAUAUUUAAAAAUACUCGACACUAGGAAUAAAAAUAAAUAAAAAUAAAAAAUUACAAAAUAUAAUUAAAG